AUGGGUGUCUCCGAAUCUGGCCAACAGGAACAACGCGGGAAACCUACCUGGAGGACAGAGUUGAAGGUGUCUACCUGUAGGCUGGGCAUGUGCGGGCAGCUAGCGGCCACGCGAAGGAGACAUGGAACUGGGCUAUCACAGUACCUACACAGACGUAGUGGACUGCAGUUAGUGCUGUACCUGCACCUUACUCCCGUUUAUUGGCAAGCUCCGCCGUGCAGCCGCGCAAGUCUUCUGUCGCCCGCUGCUGCUGCGGAAUAUCGACAAAUGACUGGCGGGGAUGACAACGUCAUUGCUCCAUUUGGAACUCGGAUUGCAAAUCCCCAAAUCAACUGCCCCUGGUGGUCAGGAACAUCUGAAGAUAAAAGUUAUAUGUGGAAGAUGGCUCUGUAUGCCCACCCCGAGAGGCGCUCUGAGGGUUGCGAGCGGUGCCAACGUGAGGGAUUCUGGCCUGACUAUGACCGCAUCGAGCACAUCCAAAUUCAAUUAUGGCAGACCGGAUGGAUGGGACAAACUGACGGCCGCGAUUUGGCGAUGUGGUUGCUGAAAGUCUAA